UUGGGUUUCCUGCAAAACACCCUGCAAAUUCCUUUGAUUGGAUUGAAACAUACUUGGAUGAUCAGCAAAAUAGAGAUGCUGUUAAACUUUCAAACAUUAGUAAUAACGUAUCUCAAAUAUCUAGAACUGAUAAUGAUACAUAUGACAAGCAAAAACUAAUAUAUAGAAAAUCGAAACAAAAGUGUAGAGCAGAUCCUGUGAAACGUCAGAGACUCAUCUCAAUAGAUAGUGAAUCGGAAAUCUAGGGCAGAUGCUGUUAAACGUCAGAAACUGAACUUACUAGAUAGUGAAUCGAAACGGAAAUCUAGGGCAGAUCCUGUUAAAAGGUUGCAAAUGAACUCAACCAAUAGUGCAUUGAAACGGAAAUCUAGGGCAGAUCCUGUUAAACGUCAGAAACUGAACGUAAUAGAUAGUGAUUCGAAACGGAAAUCUAGGGCAGAUCCUGUUAAACGUCAGAAACUGAACUUACUAGAUAGUGAUUCGAAACAGAAAUCUAGGGCAGAUCCUGUUAAACAUCAGAAACUGAACUCAAUAGAUAGUAAAUCAAAACGGAAAUCUAGGGCAGAUCCUGUUAAACGGUUGCAAAUAAACUUAACCAAUAGUUCAUUGAAACGGAAAUCUAGGGCAGAUCCUGUUAAACGGCUGCAACUGAACGUAAUAGAUAGUGAAUCAAAACGGAAAUCUAGGGCAGAUCCUGUUAAACGGCUGCAACUGAACGUAAUAGAUAGUGAAUCAAAACGGAAAUCUAGGGCAGAUCCUGUUAAACGGCUGCAACUGAACGUAAUAGAUAGUGCGUCCAAACAGAAAAAAAGAACAGUGACAUCAGCUGACCAAGCUAUCCUGCAGUUCAAAAGCAAAUGUUCAGAGAUGCCAGUUUUUACCUGUUGUGUCUGCUAUCGUCUCCUUUUCCGCAAACAAGUAAAACAUUGUAAUUUACUUAAAUUCCCAGAUAAAGAACUUAUUCUACGAUGUAUUAUAGUGAACAAUAUGCAUAAACCUGAGACAACAUGUGAUGACGAUUGCAAGCUGUGUCCAAAAUGGAUUUGUUUUACAUGUAACCAACAUCUCUUGAAGAAAAAAAUCCCAAGUCAAGCUUCUCUCAAUCAUUUAAACUUUGAUGAACAGCCGGACUGCUUAAAAACAUUGAAUAAUCUAGAAAAACAUUUAGUGUCACCAGUCAUUCCGUUUAUGAAAAUAGUGUCACUUCCUAAAGGUAGUCAGAAAGGAAUACAUGGACCUGUGGUUUGUGUACCGGCUAACAUUUCUACAACUGUUGAAACACUGCCUCGAUCAUUUAACAGUGAAACAAUCAUCGCUGUGAAGCUGAAACGCAAGUUACAGUACAGGGGUCAUCACCUUUUCCAACAAGUUACUCUUCAAAAGAUCCAUGAAGCGUUGUUGUUUCUCAAGAGGAAAAGUCCACAUUUCACAGCAAUUGAUAUCAAUUUGGACAAUGUCACUUCCACAACUGAACAGAUAUUUGCAUCUGAUGACACCCUUCCAGUUGUUGAAAAUCUUUCAGUUAAUGAGCAGCCUACGAACAUAUUAGAUAAAUCUGAAUAUUCUUUUCGUGAACCAUGUGUAGUUCCGGCUGUACCUAAUAUUCAUCAACAUUGUCCUGUCACUGAUCAUCCUGACCUGGCCAGCACAAGUGAUGGAGUGUCUGCUAUUUCCACUGAUCAACCGGACCAAGCCAGCACAAGUGAUGUUGUGUCUUCUAUUUCCACUGAUCAUCCUGACCUGGCCAGCACAAGUGAAGAUGUUGAUGACACUGAUCAAGACCUGCAUGAGACAUCUGCUCCUAUGGUCUCCUGUCUCCAACCAGAAGACUUGACACAAGUUGCUGGCACCCAAGAUCUUCCAGACUCUGUUUUUUGUAUUGCCCCGGGCCAGGGUUCUAGGCCAGGAACUGUGUUUGACAUGGAAUCUCGGGCAUUUCCUUACUUAUUUCCCACAGGCAAGAACACAUUCAGCCAAAAGAGAAAUGUUAAGCUUGGACUGAAUAGAUACUUUAACAGGCAGUUGUUUAGUGCUGAUUUACGAUUUGCAAGUGAUCCUCAGUAUAUUUUUUACAGCCAGUACAUAUCAGAACUGAAUACAAUUAACAGUUCUGUGUCAAUAGCUAUGCGUAAAGGUUCCAGUGGAGUGUUUGAUCAGGAUCAUAUUACAGCAACAGAACUCAAAAAUCCUCACAGACGGCAACAAAUCCUGUCUUCAGAUAAGGGCUACCAUUUCCUUUCAACAGCUCGAGGCUCACCGCCAUACUGGGAAAAAACUUUGAAAGACAUGUUCGCUAUGGUCAAACAAUUAGGAAUUCCCACAUGGUUCUGUAGCUUCUCUGCAGCUGAUAGACGCUGGCCUGAGAUAGUCACAGCCAUUUGCACACAGCUUGGAAAAUCUGUACCUACAGAUUUGGAUUGGUCUUCCUACACACAGAUAAUAAACUCUAAUCCUGUAACUGCCUGUCGCAUGUUCCAACAUCGGGUGCUCACUUUUAUAACAGACCUUAUACUAUCUUCUGCACAUCCAAUUGGACAGGUUGAAGACUUCUUUUACCGAACAGAGUUCCAGAGUCGUGGCUGGCCCCACGUUCAUUGUCUGUUUUGGUGUUCUGAUGCACCAGCUUUCAAUGCAGAUGCUGACAGCAAUGAGGAUUUCGUUAAAUACAUUGACAAGUACAUUACUUGUAGCCUUCCAGACGAACACGUCAAUCCCGAAUUGUAUGACAUUGUCAAAAAUGUCCAAAUGCAUUCCAAAGGUCAUUCAAGGACAUGCAAAAAGGGAAACAGAGACUGUAGGUUUGGCUUUCCGCGUCCAAUAUGUUUACAUACUUUUAUUGCUACCCCUAAAGAGCCACCAGAAAAUGUUUCGCAAGCAGAAUAUAAAAAAGCUGCUGUUGACCUGUUGUCUGCUGUCUCCGAUGCCAUAAAAACAUGCCAGGAAAAGGAAGAAGAAGUAGUGAUGACCGAGGCGAAAAUCUUUUUAGUCUCUUUAAUAUAA